UCGUUUCCUACGGCAAACACGCGUCGUACGGUUUGUCCGAUCAAACUUACGCACGCUUUCGGCAGCAGCUGUGUCGCGACUUCCCGCGUGAUCGCGUACCACUCAUUCUCGCACCACUGCUGUACACGGAAAACUCGGAGAUCUCCGCCGAAAUUCUAAAAAUCAACACACACAGCAUCCUGCAAUCAUCUAUCAUGAAAACUUCCUGGACCAACCUGGUCGUGGAGGUCGGCUAUUCGUUCACGGCCACACUGGACGACUGCCGAAACCACUUGCUGAAAGUUGGCGGACGGGAAAUCACGCCGCAGGAUGUAGCGAAGAUCGUAUCGUCCAUGUGCCUAACGCACGAAACGCUCUCAGAGAGCAACAUAAAUCUGCCCACGCCAAGCGCUUUCUGGCCGCAGGGUAGCGAUCCGUCGGGUCAGAAGGGCAAGGAUGGAAACGGCGGUUCGUCCGCAUCGGAGAACACCACGUGGAAGCCGGAGGUGUUGGUGCAGGCGUUGAAAGAGGUUGUACCGAAUCUGAACUGGAAGGAGGUGUGUCUCGCUCUGGAUCAUCCAGAAUUUAUGCUGAAGGACCGCGCCGGACUAUCGCUGUUGCUGACGAUCGUGAAGAUGGGCAUGCAGUCGAGCAAUAUGGGCCAACAUCUGCCGGUCGAGUGUCUCUACCAGCGGUGGACGAACGCCGAAGGGCAACUGUCGAUCAUCUCGCAGAUUCUGAAAAACCCGGACCUCUACUCGUUUGCCGAUCACAUCUACACGAGCGUGUCGCUGGAGCUGCUCAAGACGCCACCGGAAACGGACAACAAGCUGGUGGCAUCGUGGAUGUCGCUGCACCUGGUCGAUGUGCUGCUGUACAUCGCAGAACACGCCAACCUGAGCGAUAAGGUGAUGAAAAUCUUCAAAGAACCAUUCACGCUCUGCCCCGACAUUCUGUUCUUGGCUCUGCUGCAAAUAAACCCGCCGAUGACGACGGCACGGCAGGAGUUGUUCAACAACUUGGUGCCAAUCUUCCUCGGCAACCACCCGAACUCGGGUACGAUCUUGCAUCACGCCUGGAACCAAACGACACUUAACCUGACGCUGCGUCCCAUCAUCCUGCACGCGAUGUCGGACUGGUACAUGCUCGGUGACGGUGAUCAGUCGCGUCUUUCGCGCAUUUUGGACGUAGCGCAGGACUUGAAAGCUCUCUCGAACCUACUAAACAUUCGCACGUACAUGUUUAUUAUCGAUCUCGCUUGCCUGGCAUCGCGGCGCGAGUAUCUCAAGCUGGAAAAGUGGCUUGCAGAUAAGAUCCGUGAUCACGGGGAGCCGUUCGUGAAAACGAUCCUUAAGUUUCUGCAACGCCGUUGUCCACAGAUCAUGGGCGGAAAGUUCAGCGAAGAGCAGAUACCCAAGUCAGCUCAGUUGCCACCGGAAACCCUCAGCACCAUCCUGAACUGUCUGCAGGCCUGCAUCGGCAGUUACACGCCGGAAGUCUCGGAAAUGAUCCACAGCAUGACACAGUAUGGCAUGUUGUUGAACUCGAAGACGCGUGUCCAGCAACAGCAGCAGCAGCAACAACAGCAACAGCAGCAACAGGUGCCGCAGCAGCAACCACCACCGCCGGGUGUCAUGCGAACCCACCGAGGAUUGGAUGCGUUUGGUGCGUCUGCAAUGGGCAGCCAGAUGUUGCCGCCUAUGGUGGAAUCGCUCAACAAUCUGACGGCGAACAUCGGUGGCAUUAGCAUCGGUGGGCCUGGAAGCGGCAACAGUGCGUUUAGCUUCAACAACAUCAUCGCAACGCCUGCGUCACCCUCUCGGUUGUUGCCAUCGAGUAGUCCUUUCCCGAUGAUGCCACUUCCACCAGGAGCUGCUGCAGCAGCCGCCGCACAAGCCGGUACACUCGGUCGUUUGCAGCAAACGCCGAACGAUAAGCUCGGUGGUGGUGGAGGUGGAAUGCCGAACGCUGGAAUCACUCAGUCCCCCUUUUCAGCCGACAUAGCGCAGCCCGUGUCGAAGGAGGUGGAGGACGAAGCGAAUAGCUACUUCCAGCGGAUCUACAACCUUCCGCCACAUCCAACGCUCUCGAUCGAUGAGGUGCUGGACAUGCUGCAGCGGUUCAAGGACUCGCCAAAUCGCCGGGAAAACGACGUGUACCAGUGCAUGUUGCGCAACCUGUUCGAGGAGUACAAGUUCUUUCCACAAUACCCAGACAAGGAGCUGCAGACGACGGCUCAGCUGUUCGGAGGUAUGGUGGAGCGCAAUCUCGUCACGACGUACGUUGCGCUUGGGCUUGCCCUGCGCUGUGUGCUGGACGCGUUGAAAAAGCCGGACGGUUCGAAGAUGUACUAUUUCGGCAUCACGGCGCUGGAUCGGUUCAAGAAUAAGCUGCAUCUGUAUCCGAAAUACUGCGAGUACGUACACUCGAUCGCGCACUUCAGCGAGUUUCCGUCACAUCUGGUCGACUACAUCGAGUUCGGUGCGCAGGGUCAGGAACCGCCGAACAAGACGCUCGGUCCGGGACCACUGCCUCCGUCGAUUUUGCAGUUCAUGCCAAGUGGCGCGGCCGGACGUGGCCCGGUGGGUAACCCGCUCUACCGGAGCAACUCGGUUACGGGCACCAGCAAUCUCACGCUGGCCGGCGUCUCGUCGUCCGUUUCGGCAACGGCCGCGGCAGCAGCAGCAGUAGCAGCUGCGGCAGCCACAGGUGGUAGCGCGGGAACACCGGGAAAACUCAAUCUUGGAUCGCAGCUGGCUGGAGCAGCUGGUGGAAGCAGUGGCGGAGCCGGUGGUUCUGGUGGCGGAGGUGGUGGUGGUUCCGGUGGUGGUAGUGGUGGACAACCACCGCGUGUGAAAUCGAUCGCUAAUGCUACGAACAUCGACACGCUGCUGGUGGCGACGCAGGAUCGCGAGGAGAAGAUCAUCGCUCCACCGGACGCGAUUCAGGAUAAAACGGCGUUCAUUUUCAACAAUCUCAGCCAAAUCAAUCUGCAGCAGAAGUGCGAAGAGAUCAAGGAGAUCCUGCAGAAGGACUACUACAUCUGGCUGGCGCAGUACCUGGUGCUGAAGCGGGCCUCAAUCGAAGUAAACUUCCACGUACUGUACUCGAACUUCCUCGACGCGCUCAAGAUCCCGGAAAUCAACAAGCUCGUCACGAAGGAAACGUUCCGCAACAUCCGGGUGCUGUUGCGAUCGGACAAGGGCAUAGCGAACUUCUCCGACCGAUCGCUGCUAAAGAACCUUGGUCAUUGGUUGGGCAUGAUGACGCUCGGACGGAACAGACCGAUCCUGCAUUUGGAUAUCGAUUUCAAGUCGCUGCUGGUGGAAGCGUACAACAAGGGCCAGCAGGAGCUGCUGUAUGUCGUGCCGUUCGUGGCGAAGGUGUUGGAAUCGUGCGCCAAAAGCAAGGUCUUCAAGCCGCCAAACCCGUGGACGAUGUCGAUCAUGAACCUGUUGGCGGAGCUGCACCAGGAACCGGAUUUGAAGCUGAAUCUGAAGUUCGAGAUCGAAGUGCUGUGCAAGAACCUCAACAUCGACGUGAGCGAUCUGAAGCCCGCCAUCUACCUGAAAGAUCCGGAGCGGGCGCAAAACAUCGAGUACCAGCUGUCUCAACCGAAGCCUCCCAAGGAGUCACCGGCGGUGAUGGCAGGCGUUGGAGUGGCGGGUAUUGCCGUUGGAGGUGCUGGUGGUGUGGUUGCGGGCGUACCACAGCUUCCACCCGGUGCCGAAGAGAUGGGUGCCAGUGGGCCAGCUGGUUCCCCGGCCAACGUAGCGAUGGAUCCGUCUUUGGCCGCGGCUGGACCUCCAGAUCCACGGUUCCACUAUUCGGACAUUAACAUCACGAACUUGAGCAGCAUCAGCCAACACAUCACGUACCAGCCGAACGUAGCCAUCGUGCAUUCGCAUGCCCACCUGAAGCAGAUCGUAAAGAGCGCCCUCGAGCGGACGAUAUCCGAGUGGAUUACACCGAUCGUCGACCGUAGCGUGAAGAUCGCGUCCAAGACGAGCGAGCAAAUCAUCCGGAAGGACUUCGCCCUGGAUUCCGACGAAACGCGUAUGCGAAGAUCGGCACACAACAUGGCCCGCAGUCUGGUGGCGGGUAUUGCAAUGAUCACGUGUCGCGAGCAGAUGCUACAGGGAAUUCAGAACAGCAUCAAGACGGGCUUCCUGGCCGCAAUGAACCACGCACAAAAGGACGUUAUCGAUGCAGCCGCGAACCAGCUUGCACUGGACAACGUUGAGCUGGUAUCAGCGUUCAUCCAGAAGACCGCAAUCGAGAAGGUAGCGGUCGAGAUGGACAAGAUUCUGUCGCCGGAGUUCGAGCUGCGUAAGAUCGCCCGCCAGGAGGGCCGGCGCUAUUGUGACGCGAGUGUGCUCACUUAUCAGGCGGAGCGGAUGCCGGAACGUAUCCGGCUCAAUGUGGGUGGUGUUUCGCCGAGCCAGUUGGCCGUGUAUGAGGAGUUCGCACGGAACAUUCCCGGUUUUCUGCCGAUCACGGAACGCGAUGCCGCUCUGUUCGCACCCAAACUGCCGGAAGUACUGCCAACUAUGCCAUUCUCUGCUGUCACGCCAGAUGAAAUUGGUGCAAUGUACGACGAGCUGGCUAGCAAAAUGGACGCCUUCAUCAAAGCAACCCGUCUCAUUCCGAUACUACAUGUUCAUUCGAACAACAUGGAACAGUUGCUGGAGUAUUUGAUACACGCGCACCGAACGCUGGAUAACAUAACCGGUUGCACGUUGUUGAACAAAGCGGUGGAAGGGCUACUCGAAGGGCUGGUCAACAUUCCGGAUCAGUUAGAGCAUAUCAAGCAGUACCGGGACAUUCAUCUGCGCGUGAUGCGCCUCAUGCAGGACAAUCGGCUGUUCGGGCCGAUGUGGACGAAUAAGGCAAUCACGCGGUAUAUGCUGGAGUGCCGCGAAGAGCUGCGCUACAACGUGGAAGCGGUCGAUAUGUUGAUUUCGUCCAACUUCGUCAACAUGCCACAGUUCGACAUGAUGCUUGUGCAGCUGAUGGAUAACGGUAACAACUAUAUGGCGGUCGUAUUUGCGAUGCAGCUGCUGCAGACGUGUUUUAUCGAUGAGCGGCACAAUGCGGUUAUCACUGAGAACGAGCUGGCGGGUACGAUCGAAAUGCUGCACCGUCUGAUGGCACAUCCGCGUGCUCCCGAAGGCUUGGGGCAGCUGAUUGACAUGUUACGCGCCAACUACGAUUCCAACUCGUUCUUCAUGGAUCGCGCCAUCGUUGGGCCGACGUCUUACAUCCACGCGGGUGUUGCACAGGCACGGUUGGACAUCGAAGAUCCGCCCGGUUUCAUCGAACGCGCCGAGUUUUUGCUCAAGGACUGGAUCCAAAUUGUGCUGUCGCCAAAUCACUGCCGCGACCCGCUCAAGGGCUUCAGCGUGUUCGUGAACAAGAUGAACAUGCACGGUAUAUUGAAGGGCGACGAGCCGUUGACGAGAUUCUUCCGCUUCGCCACGCAAUACUGCAUCGAUCUGACCUAUCGCAACAUCAACGAGCCGAAGGCAAAAAUCUUUCAGAUUAUCGAUGCCUACGUGCGGCUGAUUGCGCUUCUGGUGAAGCACUCGGGCGAAAAUGGCAACAACAACACGAAGCUGAAUCUGUUAAAUAAGAUUCUCGGUAUCGUGGUGGGUAUUUUGCUGCAAGAUCAAGAAGUGCACGCGACCACCUUCCAGCAGCUGGGCUAUCAUCGGAUUUUUGGCAUGCUCUUCCUUGAGCUAACGACGCACGAUCCGGUGCUGGAGAACAUUAGCAUCAGCGUCAUUACGGCCUUCUGUCACACGUACCACAUCCUGCGGCCGGCCUGCGCGCCCGGAUUCUGCUACUCCUGGCUGGAGCUGAUCGCACACCGCGUUUUCAUCGGUCGCAUACUUGCGAUGAUCCCGCAACAGAAGGGAUGGAACAUGUAUUCGCAUCUGUUGAUCGAUCUGUUCAAGUAUCUGGCGCCGUUCUUGCGCAACGCCGAGUUGGCUAAACCAGUGCAGCAUCUGUACAAGGGAACGUUGCGCGUGCUGCUUGUGCUUUUGCACGAUUUCCCCGAGUUUUUGUGCGACUAUCAUUUUGCGUUCUGUGAUGUCAUCCCAUCGAACUGUAUCCAGAUGCGUAACCUCAUCCUUUCACCGUACCCGCGUAACAUGCGCCUUCCGGAUCCAUUCACACCGAACCUGAAGGUUGAUAUGCUGAACGACAUUGGUGGAUCGCCACGAGUUUCCAUCAACUACGCCGCUGCUAUUCAACCGGCAAGCUUCAAGAAGGACCUGGACUCGUACCUGAAGGCCCGAGCCCCCGUGACCUUCCUGUCGGAGUUGCGCUCAAACCUCCAGAUCUCGAACGAAGUCGGAUCGCGGUACAAUAUUCCGCUGAUGAAUGCGCUGGUCCUGUACGUGGGCACCCAAGCCAUUGCUCAUAUUCGAUCGAAAAAUUUGGGACCAACGAUGGCCACCAUCAUGCACAGCGCUCACAUGGACAUUUUCCAGAACCUGGCAGUCGAUUUGGACACCGAGGGGCGCUAUCUGUUCCUAAACGCGAUCGCCAACCAGCUGCGCUAUCCGAACAGCCACACGCACUACUUCAGCUGUUGCAUUCUCUACCUCUUUGGGGAAGCCAACUCGGAAGCGAUCCAGGAGCAAAUAACGCGCGUCCUGCUCGAGCGUCUGAUCGUGAAUCGUCCGCACCCGUGGGGUUUGCUUAUAACGUUCAUCGAGCUGAUCAAGAAUCCGGUCUACAAGUUCUGGGAUCACGAUUUCGUACACUGUGCUCCGGAAAUUGAGCGGCUCUUCGAAUCGGUAGCAAAGUCAUGCAUGGUGACCAGCAAGAGCCAGCAGCAGAUUCAAAACGUCGAUCCGGACAUCACAGAGGUGACCAACUAAAAGUUGCCGGCGGUGUGGCGUGGUGACAGUGCGACAUAAUACGUGUUAACCCACUAUGAACCGCCCUUCUACCGCCCAGCGAAUUGUAAAACGGAGGAACGAUACCGAACGAACUGCAUACGAUAGAGUCAAACGAAAAUAUCGGACCGCUAUUGGUCGGGAGAUUAUAAAACGAUUGAGAACGCAACCCUUUCGCAUACAUAGGGCAUUCUAUUUUAGCACUUUAACAGAAACAUAAGAAAGGCAUGUUUUCUAAGCCGUUCUAUGCCGGGACUUCAAGGAAGAAACGUGUAAAAUUUAUGUGAAAAAUUAUUACGGCAUCAUUGUUUUGGAGAUAAAAAAAAACAAAUGGCAGAGUGUGAAUGCCGAUUCUGUUAUCUUUGGAGUGGCCGCCGAAGGUAACAGGUUGCCCGGCGAUGGUGCUGCUUGAGUUUCGACGAAAAAGCUGAAUGUAUGUAGAUGUACAGAUGUGUAAAACUUAGCAAAUCGUCGGUUAUUAUCAAGCCCGGCUGUCCGUUUUAUUGCAUGCGUCCGACGUAGUUGCAUAUGUUAGAUUUAGAUCAGUAUAGCAUAACGAUAAUUGUAAUAAA